AUGACAGACGAGAUUCGAAGAGCAUUAUGCAAGCACAACAAGGAUAAUCCAAGUCUCACUCAAAAGCAAUUGCAAGAAUGGGUUCAUAGUAACUAUGGUUUGCAGGUGAGUCAAGCGACAAUAUCAAAUACAGUUAAGCGGUCUUUAGAGUAUCUCUCACUUGCUCCCGAAAGAGGCGAUGUUAAGCGACACAAACCGGCAAAAUUUCCUGACCUAGAAAAAUCUCUCUAUGAAUGGAUUCUUCAAUAUCAAGAACAUGUGAAUAUGACAGGUGAACUAAUCAUCGAGAAGGCGAAAAAGUUCAUGAAAGAUAUGUAUCCAGUGGAUACUCCAGACUUUACUUUUUCUAUUGGUUGGCUUGGAAAGUUCAUAGCAAGAUAUAGAAUUAAAAAUUUCCGGCGUUUUGGAGAGAGUGGAUCUGUUGAAAUGGAGGAUGAAGGUGGUGAAAGCACUCAAGAACUCCAGAAUUUGAUCAAAGAGUUGGGUUAUCGCAAUGCAAUGGAUGUCGAAGAUGUUCUGACUCACCUAGAAGAAAAUGUAGUUGCACAGUUGUUGACUGAUGAAGAAAUUAUUGAAAGCGUUAUUGGAAUUAAUAAAGAUGAUAUCGAUGAAGAAGAUGAUGAAAAUUCUACAAUGGAGCCCCCUUCGCGAAACGAAGCUAUUAAAGCGGCAAUCACAUUGAACAAUUUCUUGUUGAGCUAUGAGAAAACAACACCAGAAGAUUAG